AUGACGCAGACUGAUGACACUGCGGUUUCGUGGAGGCAAACUGAAUCAACCCUCGCCCCGAUCGAACCAUCCAAGGAGACCGAUGUGGCGACUCCACCAUCAAGCGCCUCCGGCGACUCUGGAAUAGAUGGGAGUCAAGAAGAAACAAAAGAUGAAGGAAGAAGCGCAGAUGUCGUUGCGGGCGCGCCCCCAGCGCAGGAAGAAGAGAAACCACAGCGGAGCAAACUCAAGAUCGCGCUCAUCAUGUUUUCGCUUGCCGUCGCCGUCCUCCUAGUCGCCCUAGACAUCACCAUCGUCACGACCGCGUUGCCCACAAUCGCCGCAGAUUUCAAUUCCGCAUCGGGAUACACCUGGAUUGGCUCCGCAUACCUGAUCGCCAAUUCAGCAGCAACACCAAUAUGGGGCAAGGUGUCUGAUAUUUUUGGUCGCAAGCCUAUAUUGCUGAUCACGAAUGCCAUAUUCUUCGUCGGCUCGCUCAUUGCCGCAUUGUCCGUCAACAUGAACAUGCUCAUUGCUGCUCGAGUUAUACAAGGCAUUGGAGGAGGAGGUCUGGUCGUUCUCGUCAACAUCACGAUCUCGGAUCUAUUUGCCAUACGUGACAGAGGCGCCUACUUUGGAGUUAUUGGUGGAGUUUGGGCUCUUGCGAGCAGUUUGGGACCUGUUGUUGGAGGUCUGUUUACGCAGAAGGUUUCCUGGAGGUGGUGCUUCUACAUCAACCUGCCGUUUGAUGGCCUAGCUUUCAUCAUCAUCUUGCUUUUCCUGGAUGUGAAAACACCCAAGACACCGCUGCGCCAGGGGCUCUUGGCUGUCGACUGGUUGGGCUCCCUCGUCAUGGUCAGCGGCGUGAUCAUGUUUCUUCUCGGUCUCGAAUACGGCGGCAUCAGUCACCCAUGGGACUCAGCGAUCGUCCUCUGUCUUCUCAUCUUUGGAGUUCUCACCAUCGCCCUAUUCUUCCUUGUCGAAUGGCGGCUCGCGCCCAAUCCGUUGAUGCCUCUGGACCUAUUCUCUAAAAAGUCCAACCUCGCAGCAUUGGCAACUUGUUUCUGCCAUGCGUUCGUGUUCAUAUCGGGCAACUACUACAUCCCGCUCUACUUCCAGGCCGUCCUGGGAGCUACACCCAUUCUAUCGGGUGUAUAUUUGCUUCCUCAAGCACUCGCGCUUUCGUUCUUCUCAAUAUUCACGGGCAUCUUUAUACGCAAGACUGGGCAGUAUCUUCCCCUCAUUUGGGCUGGCAUGUUCAUGAUGAUCCUGGGGUUUGGACUGUUCAUCGACCUAGGCGCCAAUUCGUCUUGGGCGAAGAUAAUCAUCUACCAAAUCAUCGUGGGUAUUGGCGUGGGACCGAAUUUCCAGGCUCCGCUCAUCGCACUGCAAAGUCUUGUACCGAAACGCGACAUCGCAACCGCAACAGCAACAUUCGGCUUUAUGCGCAACCUCGGCUCUUCCAUCUCCGUUGUAGUAGGCUCCGUUAUCUUCCAAAACGAGAUGAAGUCAAAACAGCCGCAGCUCAUUGCAUCUCUCGGAGCACAGACGGCUUCUGCAUUCACAGGAGGUUCUGCGAACGCCAACGUCGGAAUUAUCGGCACGCUACCCACAAACCAGAAGCUCAUUGUACGAGAAGCUUAUGCAAGCUCGCUGAGUACUAUGUGGAUACUUUACACUGUGUUUGCAGCGUUGGGCUUCCUGGUCAGUCUUCUCAUCGGGAAGAAUGUGCUUGACAAGCAACAUGAAGAGACCAAGACAGGACUUGAAGCAGAGCAGAGCCGGAGAUUGGAGAAGGACGCUGAAAGGGCAGAGAGGAAGAGGAAGAGGGCUACCAAGGGAGCUCUGGCGCCAGAUACCGAAGCGCAGGCUGUGGGUCCUGGUGGGCAAGGGGCUCAGGAGCCGAAAGUUUGA